CCGUAUUGUAGUAUACAAACAUUGCCUGUUCACUAUACUUUUCGAAACAUGCUGUAAACUGGUAUAUGGGCGAGGCCGGUGGAAUGAAGAUCUAGUGUUUUGUGACUUCCUGAUUGGAUAUUUACCCCGGAUAUACAAUGGGGACGGGAUGUUUGGGGCUACCUUUGGCCGCCCUCGUUUUGACCGGACUCCCAGGUGCCCAAGCGGCGGCGGAGGGUGCGGGUGUGAUAGCGGCGUCCGUGGUGACAGCGGCCCUUCUGCUGUGCCUCUUCAUUGGACUCGCCUUUUUCUGCUUCUACAGAAAAGGCGGGAUUUUUAAAACAAAAACAGAAAAGCGACCUCGGCAUCGGAAGAAGCGCCAAGUCGUGUACCACGAGAACGGCUACCUGCCCCCACCUUAUUAUGACAAGCGGCACAUCCCUCCGCCAUACAUGAACGGCUACAUGAAGCAAAUCCCGGCUCCCAUGCACAGGGCUGGCCCUUAUCCGGCCUUUAUCGAGCCCGCUCCAAUUCCGGUACCGCAUCCUACAGGUUACGCAACGUACCACGGGCCGCCGCCGGAAAUACGACAUCAUGAGUCGGUGCCUCGAUCGGGAACGCUGUCCGGACCGCCGCCUAUAGUCAUCCCGUACGGCACUGUCACCGUCCGCCCAGACCCGAGGCCUGUCAUCCAUAAGACGAAACGAAGGACGCGAGAUAAGCCAGAAGAGUCCGGAGACCGUCGGAAGUCACCUGAGCGUCGCCCGCCGCGUCAGUCACAGGAAUUCAUCGUGCAGCAGUCGUACGACGGGAUCCCAGUGAUCAGACCCGUCAUAUACAUAGAUGACGAUGACGACAGGGGGAGGAAAAGGUCUAAAUCUAGGGACCAUAGAUACAAGAAGAAGGCGGACAAACCAUCUCCCAGUCCCAAGAUCAGAGAAAUUAACACAGAUGACACCGAGGUGAAAGUCCCGAAUACCACAGAAGCCGAGGUGACGAUUGUGCCCCAGACCCUCACUCCGCCUCAAAGCAGGGGCGUAACUUCCGCUGAGAGGUCAAGGGCGUCUUCCGUUACAGAGGCGGUAAACGCCCUAAAGAGGUCCGUCAACGCAUACGACACGGACUCCGUGUCCUCAAGGGCGCCGUCCUUCCGUUGGAUGCAUAGUGAGCCUGCGCCUACGCCCGUACCCGCGCCGGUCACCGGUGACGUCAUGUUUUUCCCUGCGGACGCGCACGUGGAGACGACGAGACAUGAGCACAAGGCGGACUCGGAGACAAGGGAAGAUAAUGACUAUGUUUACACACAAGUCAUAAAGCAGUCCGUGCGAGAGGAUUCAACUACCAAGACAGAUGAUAAAGAAAAGGAGAACGUAUACGGAUAUACAAAAGUGAUUCGGUCUUACAGGGAAUCGGGUCGGGAUAGCCCGGUGGCUGCUGCUGCCAGUUCGGCAACAAAUGAGGGAUAUGAAGUGCCCGUCCGCCGGGCAACAAAGGGAACUCGAGACGAGGACGUGCCGUAUGAAACUGAGCAUAGUCGCAGACCAGUGGACUUCAGCAAGGCAGGCGCGUCCAUGUCCGACCGUCUCCAGCACAUGGUGGAAGACGGAGAUAAAACCAGGUUCAGUCAUUAUAACUUGGGAGCGAUGAAUUUCGGAACUGAGGAAGAAGAUGAAAUCGAGCCAGUUCAGUUGCGGGUAAAACGGCCUGAAACGCCGCCAAAUGAUAUCCCUAGGUCUAGCUUUUACUCGCAGUCACAUAAACGACCAAAAACACCUCCAAAUGACAUACCACUCGUGACUCCCAGAGAAUCCACAGAAGUGCCACCGCUCAAUCUGCCCAGCCAAAUGACGUCACCCCGAGAUCCAUAUACGUCAUAUCGCCCACCCACUCCUCCCACAGAUUUCACACCGAGGCCACCAACUCCACCCUUAUUUUUCGGCUCAAAGCCAAAGAGUGACCGACCGGAAACGCCGCCAUUUGACGGCCCAAACACCUCGCGGUCGGCGGCUGCAAGUCCGCUCAAUCGAUCCAUGGCGGUGGACCCAGCAACAGGGGAGCCAGGCUCUUUCCACGCCAGAGCGCGGCUGAUUGAAGCCCAUUUAAAGAGAAACCAGGGCGGUACCCCUACCCCUAAGCCAUCAACAACAACCGCGGUCCCUAAAUUUAAACAAGCGGCUCCAGCGCCACCAAAGCCGCCCGGCCCGACAGUUCACGUUACCCCAGGGGUAGUGCCUCCUGCUCCUCCUCCACCCCCUGUACCGAAAUAAAUUAGAACUCCUGACAAGCAAUAUAGAUCUGUAUGUCAUAUCCGAACUAAUUACAUGUGCUAUUUUUUUAACUUAUAUACUGCUGUCUCUAUCUUAAUACAAAGUGUGUUGAAAUAUGCUCUUCAUAAUUGUCUGUGAGGCGGUUUUGUUUGCGAGGCUUUCCUGGCUUUCCUGACUAUGUUCACAAAAAUGUCUCAGAGUAAAGAUCUGCAAUUUUAGGUCUUAUUUUAAUUACCCAAAAACGUACACAAGUGACACUAUUCUUCUGCUCACUGUUAUCUGUCUACUCUUUGUAUCGAGGUGUCCAAGAAAAGUUGUUUUUGAUAAAAAAAACGUAUGAUCUUGAAGCAAUAUGUGGACCAUUUUAACAGCAUAGAUACUGAAUUGUAAGCCGAUCUAUUAUGAGGGUUUUCAUAAGAUGUGCCAUAAAGAUAGUUCUCUAAACCGUGGAGUUUAAUUGGCUGAAUAUCAACCUUCAAACCAGGAACUUUUUGUACCCGUGAAAUUUGAUAUGAAUACCGACACAUAUCAUUUAAAAUCUAAACCUGCAUCGUUACUUCCUUUAUGGAAUCAUUGGUGAAUGCUAUUCAACCUCACUUCGCUCAAAAUUAAUGUUGAAAGGAUUUCUGCUGAAAGUGAAUUGAAAACUUUUGUAUAGUUUUAUAUAUUUUAUAACCACGAGCAUAAUAUAUUUUACCAUAUAUAUUAAACAUUGGAAAGCUGUUUUUAAAGCAGACUUUACAAUGUCUUGCUAAUGAUCACUUGUUGUUGAUAUAAUCUCCAUCUGAGUGUAGGCCAUUUUUGUACGUUAUGUUUUUUUUGUAAUUGUUUUAUAUUUCUAUAAAUAUUAUAUAUAAAUGUAUAUAUAUAUUGCAUGAAGAGUUUACACAAAAUAUGAAAUAAAGAUUUAAACUGA